CGCAUUUACACACACACGCUCAGACAGACAGAGACAGAGCGAGAGAGAGAGACUACUUAGACACAUCUCAGACAGCACACAGCACACACACGCUCAGAGACAGCGAGAACGCAAUGGAUUUUCACAAAAGCAAUACGAGGAAUAACCAAGUGGACUUUAUGGACGAAAUGGACCCGAAGAACGCAAAACACACCGACGAUCGCUUGGACAGCGGCAUGGACUCGCUAAAGGAGGACGAGUAUCAGCAGAUUGUGCAAGACUUGGAGGACCUGGAACUGGAGCGGGACAGACUGAAAAUUGUGUCCUGCCCUUCGCCCUGGAAGCACGAAGUGACCGAGGAUGGAGACACGUAUCUGCACCUCGCAAUCAUCCACGAGGCUGAGAAUGAAGCGCUCCAGAUCAUCAAGCACUGCGUCAACGACCCGUUCCUCAACAGCCAGAACCACCAGAGACAGACGGCGCUCCACUUGGCCGUUAUCACAGAGCAGCCUCACAUCAUCGAAAUGCUCCUGAAGGCCGGCUGCGACCCUCGAUUGGUCGAUCAGAACGGGAACACGGCACUCCACAUCGCCUGCAGGAAAGGCUCGCUGUCCUGUUUCGCCGUUCUGACGCAAAUCAACACACAUCACCUGCGCACCAUCCUGUCCGUCGUCAACUACAGUGGACACACGUGUCUGCACAUAGCGUCCAUCUGCAGCUUCCUGUCAUUGGUCGAGAACCUGGUGCAACUGGGUGCAGAUAUAAAUGCCAAGGAACAGUGUAGCGGUCGCACAUGUCUCCACCUCGCUGUGGAUCUCCAGAAUCUCCCUCUGGUGCAGCAGUUAAUCGCUUUGGGCGCCGACGUUAACAGCAUGACCUACGGCGGCCAUGUCCCCUAUCACCUGACAUUCGGUCGGCAAAACGCAGAAAUCCAGCAACAGCUGUUCGACAGGACGGCGUUUGAUCUGCGUCACUUUCCCGAAUCCGAGAGCGAGAGCGAGGACGAGCUCAUGUCCGACGAUGAAUGUGUGUACGAUGACAUUUAUUUUGUCGGAAAGGGAAGUGUACACUCAAAUCCCAACAGCAGGAGCUACGUUUUCCCAUGAAGCAAAGCUGAAGGCAGAUUGGUCCUCGAAAUCGCAGCCGCGGAUCACGUGAAGCGACAUGACGUGAAGCGAAGUGAAGUGAAUUGACGGCUCUAAUUCCUCUACGCACAAAAAGGACACAGAAGAAAGAAACCUAGGGCUGAAAAUGGUGCUUAGAAACCAGGGGAUUUGUGGGAAAUUUCCUUUCCCUCCUCCUCAUCCUCAUCCUCAAAAAUCCCUCCAGUGACUGUACCUGAGAUGUGUAUCAUAUUGUACAAAAAAUAAUAAGAAGAAGCAAAAAGUUAUAUUUUUAUACUUGUAAAUAUUAAUUAUGACACUAUUGUAAAUCGUGAAUUAUAUUAUUGUGUUUAUGAAGAAAAUAUGUUUGUUUUAUUAAAAAGAAAAGAACAUUCCAUUGAA